AUGGACGCGCUCGCUGACACGCUUGUUCCGCCAGGCUCUGAACCCGAAGAAGUCCAUUACGAUGCCCUGCCGACGUUCCACGACUCGCCCGACUAUGUCCCGCUGUCCAAGACGCAGAGCACCUCGAACCUGCUGAGGGCGCGGGGCCCGCCAGCGAUAGACACGGGGAAGCGUAUGAGCUUCGACGCGGGGCAGCUGGAACGCAUGACAAGGUCGCCCAUCGUCCCCGAGCAUGAGCAUGGCAUGGGCGUGUCUGGUCUCCGCCGCAUUCGCCAGCAGGGAGGCUCACGCUUGCCGCCCUCAACACAGCGCGCAACUUCACUGAAUAUUGCCACGCCGCCCGUCUCGAGGCACCCCUCCGAUACCGCGCCUACCGCGCCCACCGCGCCAGGCUCGCCGGCGUUUGCCUUUGGCGAGGACCUCUUGAGGUUCCCCUCAGAGUCUCUACACUCGUUCUCGUUUGCGACGCAGUCGGAGGAGUUUAUACACAACCGUCAAAAUGUGCUGAAGCGGUCCAUAGACUUCAUGCGGGACAGGCUGGGGUGGGCCGCUACGAACCCAGGCAUAGCAAACGCCCAGGCCAAACUCAGCGGCGACCAGGAAGUGCAGAGCAUGAUGGAGCUGCUGAGCAGGGCAAACUUGAUAGGCCACGACGGUGCUGGCGCACAUGGCCUGGGUGCUCUAGGACCCAUCACUGGCCCCGCGGACAUGUCUGGCGAGAACCUCUUUGACAAGGACUUCUCCAUUGCCGACAGAUCCCACAGUCCUGAGAGCAUGCUAGAGGCUGCGAGGCCGCCCGUACACAGAGCAACAACGACACAGGUCGCGAGCCCCAGUAGUGAACUUCCUGAGUCGCUGAGCAGUCCAGCCAUUGAGGUAGCGUCGGAAUCGUCAAGCCUACAAGCAAGGGACUCGUCUCCGCCGCCACCUCGGCGACCUCAACGUGCCGCACUGAAGCGCACCCUCACUGAUGUGGCGCCUCUCACCAUACAGAGCCAGCUCAACGAUGUCCUAGCACAGCCAUACUCCAUCGCCGACCUAGGUCACGUCAACCACCUGGUCUCCCCCUCAUCCAUUCCCGCUGCACAGCCGAGCUUCAGCAAUGUCCCGGGACCACACUCGGCAGGGUCAGCACCACACGGUCACGGCAGUCGACACGCUCCCGCCGCGCAAGCCAUCUUUACCACCGAAGCACAAUCGCCAUGGACCAUUACAUCGGCAAACGACUUAGCAUGCCUAGUUUUCGGUGUCACAAGAGCUGAGGUCCGUAAGCUGGGCAUCCUCGAGGUCGUGCGAGAAGAUCGCAGAAAGUGGCUCGAAGACAAGUUGAGGAAUCCAGACAUUGGAUCCAACACACCGCGAGAUGGCCAGGCCCCGGCCUUGAGCCCAUCCACGAAUAUGAAAGUUGGCGGCGGUGUUACAGCACGUUUAUUGAGCAAGCCCUCAUCGCGCGUAGUGGCGGCUAGGAAGGCUAAGACGGAUGACGGCAGCGGAUCUUCAUACUACAAUGCCAAGAAAACAGGUAAACUGAAUCACGAGUCGAAAGGAUCAAGAGGCGUCUUGCUUUGUGGAGACGUCAUUCCCAUCCAGAAGCGAAAUGGUGCAACAGGUUCUGCCAGCUUGUGGGUCAAAGAGAAAAGAGGCGGCCUCAUCUGGGUGCUCGAAGAAAUCGCAGAAGACGUUGUGUUCAUCAAUGUUGACGAGGUUGGAUGCGUUUCCAAGGGCUGGGGCGCCAUCGACGCGGUAUUCGGAAGCGAUCGGUUGCGGAGAGGAAUGGAUCUCAAGCGAUUACUACCCGGCAUUCCACGCCUCAAAGGCACAAACACAGGUGGCUUGGAUUACGACGAGAUUGCAGACGUGCUCAGCUACACCGCACGAACAUCAAACAGUAUCAAUAUUCCAGUAACAGUCGAGGCGUUGCCUGGAGAGCUGACAUUCCGAGUCUCGAGCUUCCCUCACAUCGCAGGCAUCAUCGUGCUUUCCUCAUCCGACCUCACAGUCACAAGCUCCAACUCGGUCUUUUCCUCCGCACUAUUCGGGCAGCCGCGACCUGAAGGUAUUCACGUCAGCAAACUCAUCCCAGCUUUCGAUAAGAUACUGCAUGUAAUGACCGACGAGGACAAGAUCGAGUUGGUCGACGGUAUAGUCAUCCCUGAACACAGUUUCCGACGCGCCCGGGCAUUGCUUGCUAUGCGAGAAGGCAGUGCUGACGCCGCCGCGAUUUUCUUGCGGCCGAGCGGGCUGCCUGCGCUCCACCGCGACGGCUCAGAUAUCAUGGUCGAUGUGCAGAUGCGAGUCGUGAAGAGUGAAAAGACGCCACGCUUUGAUGAGAAUGUAAUUGAAGAGGAAGACGUGCCAGCGAAACAAAACAAGGGUCCAGAGCUGGUAUACGCUCUUUGGAUAACGUAUUCUAGGCAGCUGCACGCUGCAAACCAUGGGAUCGGUCCUGUGACUCCUCUCAUGUCACGACCUGGAACACCGCCUCGCCAACCUGAGCCUGGACAGUCGAAUCUUAACUUCCCCGACGAGCCCUCAUCUGAUAACUCAGCAUCUUCAUCAAUCUCAACUAUGCCGCCGGCGGCGGUCCCCGCCAAGAAGGACGAACCGCCCACGAAGAAGACCAUCAACGACUUUGUUAUCCUUGAAGAGAUGGGUCAAGGUGCCUACGGGCAGGUCAAGCUGUGUCGUUUCAAGAAGAACAAUGGAAAGAAAGUGGUGAUCAAGUAUGUCACAAAGCGCCGCAUCUUGGUCGACACAUGGACGCGCGAUCGACGACUUGGCACCGUUCCUCUUGAGAUCCACGUUCUAGAUUAUCUAAGGCGAGACGGCUUCAAGCAUCCUAACAUCGUGGAAAUGUCUGACUUCUUCGAGGACGACACAAACUACUACAUCGAGAUGGUACCUCAUGGCUUGCCUGGCAUGGACCUAUUCGAUUACAUCGAACUUCGUGUCAACAUGGAAGAAAAGGAAUGCCGCAAGAUCUUUAUCCAGGUUGCCGAAGCUGUACAUCAUCUGCACACCAAAGCUAAGGUUGUGCACCGUGACAUCAAGGACGAAAACGUGGUGCUAGACGGGGAAGGUAAUAUCAAGCUCAUUGACUUCGGCAGCGCAGCGUAUAUCAAAAGUGGACCUUUCGACGUCUUUGUAGGCACUAUUGACUACGCCGCUCCCGAAGUCCUUGCGGGCCGCGCGUACCGCGGUAAAGAGCAAGACGUCUGGGCUCUGGGCAUCCUGCUCUACACCAUAAUCUACAAAGAGAACCCGUUCUAUAGUAUAGACGAGAUCAUGGAUCACGACCUGCGAGUGCCUUGGGUCAUGAGCGAGGAGAGCAUCGACCUUGUACGCCUGAUGCUUGAUCGGGAUGUCGAGAAGAGGAUUACUAUCAGCCAAGUUCUGGACCAUCCUUGGUGUCGUGGAGGCGUUGGUGAGGGGGAAAUCUGA